GUUCGUCGUUACUCGUGACAGUGUACGGUUGUGCUUUGGCCCUAGUCUCGUGGCAGCGUCGUGCUUCUCAAGGUUCGUGAUACCCUUACCAGCUAGACGGGGAACGGGAGACACCGGGUGGGCUACACUUCCGGUCAUAUAUCUGUAGGAAUAUUGAGGAACCCGUGAAUAUUCUGACUCUUUUCUCGGACACUUCACUAACGCAGAUCGUCCCAUCACAACGGUCUUCCUGCAAAAUAGGUUAACGCCGAAGUAGUUACGCAAGGGAAGCAAGCAGGUUGCAAAAGUCGGUGGCGCCAAAAAGAGAGGAGGUCCAGUCCUUAACCUAGCACCGAGCCAAACGGGAAAUGAUGAUGAUGUCCUCGCUGCAGUCCGUGUUUCUCGUCAGUUUAUUGGUGAUUGCGGUAUUCAUCCACAAGGGUGAUGCUAUCCGUUGCUUCGAGUGCAACAGUGCGGAGGAUUUGACCUGCUCGCACGACAACCCACCGGACACGAUGUCGGUCGACUGUAACGAUCACAAGGACGGCAACAAGUACACCUUCUGCCGGAAGAUCGUCCAGAUCAUCGAGUUCCCGGUGAACAAUCUUCCUCCAGAUAACCGAGUGAUCCGUGGAUGCGGUUGGGAUGAGUCCUCGUACAAGGGCAAAUGCUACCAGCGUUCCGGAUUCGGUGGACGUCAGGAGGUGUGCGCUUGCUACGACGACAAUUGCAACGGUGCAUCCACACUGUCCGUCACCUUCGGUGUCCUGCUGUUCGGUGCAGUCGCUUUCCUGAUUCGUGCUUAAUCCAAUCAACGGUUCCACAUUCCGGCACAUAUCCAUCGCGCCGAUAUGCUUCUACCACCACACUAGUGUGUGUGUGUGUGGAGCAGAUGCUAGUUUUCUGUUUAUCUAAUUUACCUCCCGCUCGGAGGAGUCGGGGAGGCGUUCGUUCUCUUCGCCAUUUCUAUAUCGAGAUAGCACCAUAUAUUGUUCGGUGGAAAUGGUCUUCAUGCUCGAGGGAAGAACCACUCAACAGGUUAUACGGUUUAGCUUUAAGUUGCUGUUAAUCUUUCGAGGAACAUUCCAAUAUCUUGCACCUCAGACUACUGCUGGGGGAUUGUGCCCUAACUCUAAUCCCAGGGCCCUUUAUUUUCUUUAGGCAAUUUUUGAUACACACAACACACACACACCUUACAAUCUCGACGAGGUAUGACCGUUUUUGUAAAGAAACCAAUUUCUACGUUACGCUAUUUUAAGACAGAACCAGCAGCCAAGGAGGAGCUGGUCGGUUGGUUAAAAACAACGUGAUGGCCGCGUGUUCAAUAAAUCAGAGUUAGAGUUUAGAUGAUUUCCGUUAUAAAUGAAAAGAGAAACUAACACAAACACCCGAACAACAGCAAGCUUACACAAACCAAUUCAAGAUCAGAAGCAGUACAGAAGGAACACUUUAAAAUUAAAGCAGAAGUAGUAGAACAACAAAAAAAAACCGCCCGGCAAAUGCCAUCGCAGCAAAGGCUCUAGGAAAGUCGGUUAUAGCUAAAUAGGAGGAGGACGAAAAAUAAAACAAACACUAAAAGCUGCCAUAAUCGCUUCGUCGCCAUGCGCGUGCAGUGUUGCAGUAGUGCUCCCGUCUUUGGUUCGACGACGCGGUUUCGCAUUCUGCCGUGAAGGGAUCUACAGCGCCGGAUACGGAUUCGGCGGUGGUGCCUACAGCGCGUCAUUUUAACCUACCAACAAUACAAUCGGAAACGGGGCGGUGUUGUGCAGAGGCGCCAACAAAAAAAUAAAAUAAAAUACUGCAGUAAGAGCGAGCGAUUUUCGGAGAUACACAUGAAGUUCAAUAAAAUAGACGAGAGAUAAAAAAAAGAA